AUGUCAGUUAACGCUAAUGCGAUUCUAUCUUUUCUCUCAAUCUUUCUUCUAAUGUCAGAUCCUCCUGAAGACACCAUUCUGCAAUGUCUCUCUCUUCAUUCUGAUCCUUCUUAUCCAAUCUACACCGUCACCUAUUUUUCCAACAACCCGUCCUACCCUUCUAUCUUGAACUCCUACAUCAGAAAUCUCAGAUUCACUGCUCCCACUACUCAUAAACCAUUGUUCAUCGUAACCCCAACUCACAUCUCCCACAUCCAAGCCUCCAUCAUAUGCUGCAAAAGGUUCCAACUUCAGAUCAGAAUAAGAAGUGGGGGCCAUGACUAUGAUGGCCUUUCUUACGUGUCACAGUCCCCGUUUGUGAUCAUGGACAUGUUCAUGAUGAGAUCAGUGGAGGUCAACAUGGAGGAUGAGACUGUGUGGGUGGACUCUGGGUCAACGGUUGGUGAACUUUAUCAUGGGGUUGCUGAGAGGAGCAAGGUGCAUGGUUUCCCAGCUGGUGUGUGUCACAGUGUUGGUGUUGCAGGGCACUUCAGUGGAGGAGGGUAUGGAAACAUGAUGAGAAGGUUUGGUCUUUCUGUGGAUCAUGUUUUGGAUGCUGUGAUUGUGGAUGCUGUGAUUGUGGAUGCUGAAGGGAGAGUCUUAGACAGGGAGCAAAUGGGGGAAGAUCUUUUCUGGGGGAUUAGAGGAGGUGGGGGUGCUAGCUUUGGGGUCAUUGUGUCCUGGAAAAUCAAGCUGGUUCCCGUGCCUGAGGUUGUCACAGUUUUUAGAGUUGAAAAAACAUUGGAACAGGGUGCCACUGAUGUUGUUCAUCGAUGGCAGUAUGUUGCUGAUAACAUCCAUCAUGGUUUGUUUAUUAGAGUGGUUCUUAGUUCUGUCAAAAGGAAGGGUCAGAAGACAAUAAGAGCCAAGUUCAAUGCCCUGUUUCUUGGAAAUGCACGAGAGUUGCUUCGUGUGAUGAGUGAUAGCUUCCCUGAAUUGGGUUUGGUUGGUGAAGACUGCAUUGAAAUGAGUUGGAUCGAUUCGGUGUUGUUUUGGGACAACUUUCCGGUGGGGACUUCGGUAGAAGUUCUGCUUCAAAGGCAUGGUACAACUGAGAAAUUCUUGAAGAGAAAAUCAGAUUAUGUGCAGCAACCUAUUUCCAAAUUUGGCCUUGAAGGUAUAUGGAAUAAAAUGAUGGAGCUAGAAAAACCUGUUCUCGCACUCAACCCCUAUGGUGGGAGAAUGGGUGAAAUUUCUGAGAUGGAAACACCGUUUCCACAUAGAGCUGGUAACUUAUACAAAAUUCAGUACUCGGUGAAUUGGAAAGAGGAGGGUGAAGAUGUUGCUAAUAGAUAUUUGGAUCUGAUUCGGGGUCUCUAUGAUUAUAUGACGCCUUAUGUGUCAAAGUCACCUAGAAGUUCAUAUCUGAACUAUAGAGAUGUUGAUAUAGGUGUUAAUGGGCCUGGAAAUGCUACUUAUGAAGACGCUAGGGUAUGGGGUGAGAAGUAUUUCAAAAGAAACUUUGAUAGACUGGUAGAGGUAAAGACAAAGGUAGAUCCAAGCAAUUUUUUCAGAUAUGAACAGAGUAUACCAUCACUUGCAGGUUCUGGUCUAAGGAUAAUGUCAGAAUAG